AUGGCCUCGCUCCCAGCGCCCACGCGUUCUCUCGUCUCCCAGCUUCGCAUCCUGUGGAGCGACAUGAACUCGGCCCACCCGGGCGGGUCGCCCGCGCCCACCGAAGAGCUGGUCACCUACUCGCGCCGUUGCGGCGCCGAGAUGUACCUGUGCGCCGAGGCGCUGCAGAGCGAGGUGGCGGCGGCGGCGGCGGCCGGCGGCGACCGGUCGGAGGAGGAGGAGCUCGAGGCGGAGCUGCAGCGCACCCAGUGGGCCACGUGCAUCUGGGAGCUCGCGACGCUCAUGCUCGUGCAGCGGCCCCUCGUCGCCGGCGAGUGCCUGCUUCCGUGGUGGCACCGCCACCUGUGCGACCCCAUGGCCGAGGAGGCGGCGCACGGCCUGGUCGCCGCCGCGGCGCCCGAGGCGCAGGUUGCCUACUGGCCGACCCUCGCCGGCCUCGUCGCGCAAGGCAAGACGCGGCUGGCGGGCGACCUGCUGCGCGCGCACAGCGCCCUGCGCGCGGGCGGAGGGGACGGCGGCGGCGGCCUGCUCGCCUCGCGCUCGACGGCGCUGCUGCUGCGGCUCGACACGCUGCUCGACACCCUCCCGCGCCUGACCGAGCCCGAGAUCUUCGACACUCACGACGAGGCGGCGGCGCCGUCGCUCGGCGCGCAAGAGGCGAUGAGUUGCUUCCGGCUGCGGUGGCGCGUGUGGAGCGAGGACGUCGCGUCGCUGGUCGCCGACUUGGAGGCGGCGCCCGCGGGCGACGCGGAGGCGACGGCCAUGUGCCGCGUCGCCCGCGUCCUCGCCUCCGCCGACGGCGCGCUGGGCGAGGCGUCCGGCGGCUCGUGGCACGGCGAGCUGGUGGGGCGGCUGCUGCUCGAGCAGCCGGCUUGCCUCGUCGCCCUCUUGCGCGACGAUCCGUACGCCGCGAUGGCUGCCAUCCGGCAGGCCUUUGGCGACGGCUGGCUCAUCGCCCACCUCUGGGACCUGCUCUGCCGCGCGCGCGCCGUGCGCAGCGACCCGCUCGAGGGGUCGCCCCUCUCCCUCCGCCAGUACUUCCUCCUCCAGUAUGCAAAGGCCCUCGGCGGCGUGCCGCCGCUCUGGCAGCUCGCCGCCGCGUACGGCGCCGACGCCUCUCCCCAAGGCGCCGCCCCCGUCCACCGCACCGUCCUCGACGCGUCCUCGACGCGUCCCGUAGGCGGCGACCUCCUCUCCGAGCCCGGCGCCGCGGCCGAGGCGCGCGCGUGGCUGGGCGACCUCCUCCUCUCCGCCGCUCAGCACGACUCCGCCGCGCCGGCGGGCAGCACGCUGCACGCGCACAAGGUGCGCAAGCUGCUCGGCGUCUGCGAGAAGCUCGGCCUCACCGCCGCCGCCGACGCCGUCCUCCGCGCCCGCGGCGGCGCCUCGCGCGCGGCGGCGCUCGGGUCGGACGUCGCUGUCGCCAAGCGAGCCUCGCUGCCGCUCGCCGACGGGCGCGCCGUCGAGCAGGCGCUGCUCGAGGACCUCGCCUCGCGCGCGCUCGACGAGGCGCUCGGCGGCGCCGGCGGCAGGGGCGGCGCCGGCGGCGCCGGCGAGGGCCCGUCGGCCGUCGCCGAGCUGCGCGCGAUGCUCCGCUCGGGCGGCGUCGCCGGCCCCGACUACUACGCCGGCCCCGGCUGGCUGCCCGCGUACGUCGAGCUGCUCGAGCUGCUCGGCCGGAUGCCCGCGGACGCGCCGCCGGCAGCCGCCCAGGCGGCGGCCCUGCGCGGGCUCCUCACCUCGCUCUGCGCCGCGCCCGCCGCGGCCUGCGUCGCCGCCGACGCACGCCCGGCCACCGCGCCGCUCCCCCUCUCCCGCCGGCUCCUCUCGCUGGCGUGCGGCCUCGACCCGCUCUCCUUGGCAGCGCUGGACCUCGCCGGGGAGGAGCCGCUCGCGCUGAGCUGCGCCGAGGCGUACUCGCUCCUCGCCCACAACGAGCAGCUGCGCGCCUCGCAGCUCUACCGCCACGCGCCGGCCGAGGGCGCGCGAGAGCCGCGGCCCCGCGCCCCGCCGACCCGCGCCGACCCGCGAUCCCUCCCCCUUCUCUGCAGGCGCGGACUCGCGGCCGCACAGCCUCGCGCCCGACGAGCAGGCGCGGUCGGCCACGCUCGCCGCCUCGCUCGCCGCGGCGGUGCUGCGUGA